AUGCCAGAUUCAGAGGAUGAGGAGAAUACAACCACAGAAAUACCCUCUUCUACACAAAACAAAAUCACUCAACAAAUAUUGUCGGACAUUCGUCGAGAGGUUCGAGAGAUUAUUCGUAACGAAUUGCAAACUACCCUCCAAUUCUUAUCGGACAAGGUCGAUGAUUAUUAUCUCAAAAAUGAGUUCUUAGAACAAAAAAUCAAUCAACUUGAGCAAUCACAACUGUCUAAUGUUGUUGAGGUAUGUGGGGUGACAGAAAGCGAGAAAGAGAACACAAAGUCAAUUGUUGAUGCCAUCUGCAAUAAACUACAACUUCAACCCGACUCAAUUAUAAAUGCAUAUCGCAAAAGGAAACCCAAAGUCGGGACAGGCGUUAAAAGCAAUCUGUCUACUAUUACCGUAACAUUACGAGAGGGGUUCCGUGACCAAUGGAUUGACGCCGCAAAGAUCAAAGACAUCAGAGGCAUGGAUAUGGGUAUGGCGGAGAAUAACAAGAUCUACCUCCGUGAACCCUUAACACCAUUCACGUCUUAUCUGCUCUGGAAAACUAAACAGGAAUUAAAAUUCACUGAGCUUUGCAAGUUUGUUUGGUGCAAACGAGGCAACAUAAUGGUACGUAAAGAGGAAAAAGAGAAGAUAUACAUAGUGAGAUCCGAAAAAGAUAUUUCUAGACUGUCUGCGGAAUUCAAAAACGAAUGA